GAGAACACAUCAGAGUUUACCAAGAGUUCACCAAAUCUGGAUACAGAAACAAUUUACUCACGAUCUCAUUUUCAAUUUCAACCAUUUCAAUUACCUUACUUCAACAACCAACAUUGAAGAUGUUUCGCUUGUGCUGUGGGAAGUACUCAACAGCAGUCGUUGAACUGGUGGCAGAGAAGAUCAGAGAUGUCCCUGCUCCCAGCGCUCCCUUUGCCAUCCAGGACAACGACAAUACAGCCCCACUGAGGUAUCGCCUCUUUGGUCGGCCACUGACAAAAACAAAGAAGGAAGGAAAAGAUCAGGAAGAGGACAAGGAAAACGUCACCACAAAGAAGAACAAGAAGGCCAAGAAGUCACGGCGGUGGCGUUGUUGCAAGAAUAGAUGUCGCGUGUCCCCAGCCCCCCAAGAAGAAGAGACUCCGGAGAAGUGCCACUUAUCAGCAUCCCAACAUGAGGUGGUGGCUACCAAAAGACCAGUGGAGAAAGAGGAGGAACCAGUGAAGGACGACAGGUUUCCUCAGGCCCUGCUCACCAAAAAGGAGGAAGUAGCUGUGACCACACAGAAAAAACUCAGGAGUGACCACAUUAAGUGUCUGGGGUUUCCCAACCCAGCACAGAUAUGUUAUAUUAACUCCAGCCUGCAGAGCCUCCUCACACUGGAGGACUUUGUGACAGCCAUCAGUCACCAGGAGCAGGUUUGGAGUCUAAUACCUGAAGCGGCAGUCCUAAGGUACAGCACCCCUCAGACACAAACACUCAUUUUAUCCUCAUGUUGUACCUGAACACCAAAAAAAUUUAAUGUCAUAGACAAUAUCUCUAACAAUUUUCCAUUUCCUCCUCUCCAGAACAUUCA